UUAAUGUAUAGCUAAGAAUAUUACUAUAUAAAUUAGGGGCAAACAGGAAGUAAGUUGGGAUUCGGAAAUAAGGAAAAAGGAACUUGUAUUUAGCUUGCUGGAAGUUCACCCCAAUAAACAUCGAAUUGUUUGCACCUUCGGACUUCGGGUAUUGUUGCUCUCUGUUCAUGCGAGAAGAACCAGGGAAGUGGGAGAGUGAAGGAAUAAGCUCUCUAACAUCUUGGUGCCGUGACUCGGAUACAUCGCAUUGGAUAGGUGAGUGGCAGCCUGUAAGUCCCCCUCCCCAACAGUCCGCGCAGCUGCUUGGAGGGGGUAUGGCGAACUCUCGUGAUGGUAGUUGCGGGUUCUGGCAAGCUGGGGUAACGGAUUUUUUGAACAAAUGGAUAAGGAAGAAUCAGGGCCCAUACCAGGUGCAGGGGUUCACCUGGGAUGAGAUUGAGAAGGAGAUGGGAGAGGUUUUGGGAGACCCCAAGGGAAAGGAGUGUAGGAAAAAGGGAAUGGUAUUACAAGGUUUGUGUGCUGGGAUGGCAUACUGGGUAAAAAGGGAAGCUGAUCUCCUCCAACACAUUAAGGAUUUGGAGGAGAUUGUGGAUCAGCAACGGAUUUUAACAGAAAAAUCUGUGUUAGCAGUAGAGGUAGCGGAUUUGAAGGCACGGGAUGCUGCACGGACAGAGGAGUCUUGUGAGGCAAUCCGGAGAGAGAGGGACGAACUGCUGGGGAGAGUAGGAGACUUAGAGGAGGAAUUGUAUUAUUGUAAACAUGGGGGCAAUGGAUUUGGGGACCUCAAACCAUCCGCCCCACUAAUGGAACUGAAGGAGACACCUCCACCACCCUACCCUGAAAAAACACUGUACCCACCACUGCCGGUGGAUGUUGUAAGCCGGCGAUCCACAGUUACAGCCCCUGCGAGAGAGGCUACCCGGGAGGAACUGCAGGAGGCAGGAAUAGUGGCCCCAGUUGCGGGGUGGGGGGACCAUGCCCCACAAGUAGUAGAACAGGCAGAAAUCCGCCCCUUGUCCCUGAAGGACCGGGAGGCAGUACUGGGCCGUUUGGGAAAGGUACCCCGGAAUGAUUGGGAUCAGUUUGUGCUGUGGCUAGUGGAGGUGGGCAGAGAGAUGGAGGGUCUAACUCGUGAGGACCAGGUGAUCUUAUGGCGUAGUCUUUUGGGACGAGGUACCUUAGGAAUCGAUGUGGCAGGAGUGGCACAUCCAUUUCUAAUUCCCGGACAGGUGGCAAAACACUUGUUUGGGGUGUACUCUCGUACUGCGGGGAUGAAUAAGAUGAAGCGAGUCCCUGGGGAAACAGGGCGGGAUACACUUAAUCGCAUACAGGCCUGGGCACGGUGCUGGGUGGAUCCCCUGGACGGUCCAUGGGUGAUGCCCCAGACAGGGGCACCGGGACCUGGUGGGGGUGUGGAGCAGGGCAGGGGUGUGGAAUUGCUGGAGAAAUGGUUGGAGCUGAGCAAUCCGCAGUUCGUGGGGCAUUUAAGGUUGCAGCACCCUGAACUUGCUCCCAAUCAGCUACCCCAGUUUCUGGAACAGGCAGAUGUGUGGAGGCAGAUGCAUCAGGGGGAAGAGCCAGUCCAUGCUAUUACUGCGGGGGAUCAAUACAAGGUGGAAAGGAGUGGGUCAGCCUGGAGAGGAGGAGGUAGAGGGAGAGUUCGUGGCUUUGGGAGGGUAGUCAGGGAUGAGCAGGCAGCUAUAGAGCAAGAGAUCCAGAGACUGCAGGCUAAACUGACUACCCACGAUCUUACCAGAUCAGGGGGAAAGUGGUCCCGGAGGCCAAGGGACUGGGACUGCCUGAAAUGCCAGACAUACAAUUUUGCAUGGAGACAGGAAUGUGUUCGGUGCCAGGACCCCCGGUCCCCCCAUGAACCAGUGGGAGGGACAGAGGUGGGUACUGCAACUUAG